AUGCCGUACAGGCAUUUCUCGGACCUCGUGCGCGGUCCGGAGGACGGAGCCGCCAUCAUCUCCAAACCCUUGAGCAGCCUCAUCGACGAGGCCGAAGCUGCUGCAAACCUGGCCCGGGCCAGCGUGUCCAGCGGAAAGCUUGACAACGCCCUCGAGGCAUAUAUCAAGGAUGGCGAGAUUCUCCUACCAUGGGCCUUUGCUAUGGGCAAGGUCAUCCCGCAGCACCGAAACUACGCAGAUGGCGGCAAUAGCCAGCGUUGUAAGCGCAUCACCGACCAGCUUUUUUCAUCUUAUGACACGUUCGAGAAGAUCAAGGAGAUUAUCAAGGAGGACAAUGCCAAGUCUGGCGUUCGGCCCACACCCACACGAGUCUCGUUCCCUCCACUGCAAAGGACCCAGGCGUCGAAACCUGCCCCAGCCUCCAAUGAUGUGGCCACCUCAAAGCUGGUCAUGCGGUCCCCCCCGACCACCACCGCCUCCAAGGCUGUGCCCCAAGUGCCCCCCAAGCCGCCAAAGCUGAGGACGUCGGUUGAUGCUGUGAUCAAUUCCAUGCCCAAGGUCCCAGAUGCCAUCUAUAGCCCGGCCAGGGGCAACUUGUCCAACGAGGCUGCAGAUUUGCCUUCCAGCACCCCACGCGGCAUGUUCAGUCGGACAGGCCUGUCUGCCGCUUCAUUCCCUUCCAAACCCAACUCACCGAAUCCGAACAAAUCUCCAUCAGCAGAAGCUGCACUGGACAGCCGACCUGUGACCUCAGCUCCAGCUGCGUCGCCCCAGAGGACUGCUCAUUACCGUAUCCUGCUCAUAGACGUUCGUUCUCGCGCCAGCUUUGAGGACGGUCACAUCUUCUCGUCAGCUACAAUAUGUGUCGAGUCUGAAGUCAUCCAGCGGCCCCACAUAGAAGCCUCAGACGUGGAGGACUCCAUGGAGGUUGGGGCAACAGAGGAGAAGAGGCUCUUUGAGAAGCGCCAUGACUUUGACAUGAUUGUCAUAUACGACCAAAAUUCACAGAGUCUCGGCUCCGACCGGAUCAGCUCCGCGGCCAAGAUGUUUUCGGUGUUGACUGACUUUGACUACCCCGAGGGAGACCCUGCAUCGAAGCAUCCCAAGCUGCUGAAGGGAGGAUUGGAUGCGUGGUCAGACAUGAUAGGCGGUAACUCCCUCCAGACCUCUUCGCACAAGAGGAAGAAGUCUACCUAUGACAAGCCCUGGUUGAAAUCACCGAUCAAACCAAUUCAGGAUGCCGAAGAGGCGCGGCGAUGGGAGGAAAAGCUGGAGAAGCCCAAGCAGGAAGAUGGCGAUAGCCCUGACGGACCGGACUGGACAGCGGUCAGGACCGUCAGCGAUUUCCUCACACGCUUCCCACCUGUGCAAGAAUCCAUGACGUCGCCCGUCAAGACCAAUGGGGCUGAGGUCCACCGGCCACCACCUGUGAAACCAAUACCACCACCGCACCACAGGCCUGCAGAUUACCCGCUGCUUCCGUCCGAACCGAUGAGACCGCCGCCUGCAGUCCCACGCCGGAGUUUCACAGGAUUGCAGCCUCCCGAUGAUGAGCAGGGUACUUCCACCACCAAGGUGGUCACAAGAACCGACACGGCGGCACGCAGGAGAGCGGUGGGGCUUCGAAACCCCGGGAACUGGUGCUAUGCAAACAGCACGCUGCAGGCGCUCUUCGCCUCAGGUGGCUUCGGGGAGGAGCUUUUCACCCAAGCCUGGCAGAAGUUGUAUAAACCGCAGAAGAAGGCAGACGAACAGAUACAACCACCACAGCUUCUGAUCAAGAUUCUGUCAAACUUGUUCCUAUGGAUGGGCACUGCCAAGUUCGUUAUGACGGCAGACACUUUGAUGAUCACCUCCAAGGGCUUUAAGGGGCAACGACCGGAGGAUCAGAUCCUCGGUGGCGACAGACAGAUGGACGCACACGAAUUCUUGGUCAGGCUCUUCACAGAGCUGUCAGAUGAGACGAACCAGCAUCGCGACCGCCCUGACGAGAUACUACCGCCGCCACCCACCAACAAGUCGAUCCUUGAGGGCGCUGUAGAUAUCUGGAAUCUCUACAGUCAGGCCAAUAACUCCAUCAUAGACAAAUACUGGCAGACUCUCGAGUGUCUCAUCACCCGCUGCGACCGCUGUGGUCACGUCGCAUACCGCGUCGACCCACCCAAGAACCACCUCGUCCUCUCCCUGCCCGAAACUAACCAGCCACAGUCCAUCGAGGGGCUUCUUAGCAACUACUUCUCGGCGGAGGCCUUAGACGACUAUAAAUGCGACGGCUGCGGGCGCACGGGCGCAUGCCGAAGGACGCCAAGGUUCGCGCGCCUCCCGGACCUCCUGUGUAUUGUCUUUGGCCGCUUCGAGAACAGGCUGCGGAAGAACAGUGUCUACAUUGACUUCCCGCACCGAGACCUGGACCUCACCCCCUACAGCAUCCAGGGUCAGCAACCGUAUUCGUCCUCGCUACUCACUUCCAACAGCACCAGGACCACUGGCAACGCCACUGACCAGCCGCUCACUUCACCCACGGCCGCCAACAUCACAGACCACCACUUCACCAAACCCUUCAAGUACGACGCGUACGCCGUUGUGCAGCACGGCGGCCAGCUGCUUGGCGGCCACUACAUCUCGAUUAUCCGCGAGGGGGGACCAGACGAGUGGCGCAUCGCGGAUGACUCGCGGAUCCAGCCAAUUGGGCUGACCAAAACCCUAUUACAGCGACAGGGCGGCAUGGAUGCGUAUAUGGUAUUCUAUCAGCGUAAAGAUAUUGGGCUGGUUUAG